ACAUCGGUACAUUGCGAUUUUCCGCCUAUAUAAAGACGGAUGCGCACUAGGAUUCCCUGGUAAUCUACGUAUCGGUCGUUUAAAAGGACAAAGGGCUGCCGUCGUUUUAAAAUCGUUCGAAGGAACCACGAAGGAACCUAAGCGCGAUGAAGACGGUCCUCAUCAUUUCGGCGCUUAUAGCUGGCAUUCUUGCGGCGCCGCAAAAUCCAAAUGAUAUCACGAUCGUGAAACAAGAAGAGGUGAACAAUAUAGGAGUAGGUGGAUAUCGCUUCAGUUAUGAGCAGAGUGAUGGCCAGAAGAGAGAAGAAACGGCUGAACUGAAGAAUGAGGGCACCGAAAACGAGGCACUUAGCGUUGUUGGUAGCUUCAGUUUUAUCGCGCCGGAUGGACACACGUACAGGGUCGAUUACACCGCGGAUGAGACCGGAUUUCAUCCUACUAUCAACCUCGUCGCAAAAUAAACAGAUUCGACAGCUGAAGUUACAUCUCAUUUUGGAUUCUCCGGUUGUCGACACAUUCGUGUAAUUAUAUACGCGCAUUAGAAUAUUUUAUUAUAUGAAACACGCGAGUCAUUGUUGUACAAACAGAUGCAAAGAAAGCGUCAAGAAAAUGAUCGAUCCUUAGCGCAAUCAAUUUUUUCGGAUGACUCGUUCUCGCGAAUCCCGCGAAAUUGAUCGCGAUAUCUUGCAUUGUCAAAUACGCAUGAUACAAUGUUAUUUAAAAUGUCGAUAGUAAUCAUACAAUUAUAUACGGGAGAAUUUGCUAUUACUAUGCUUGUUAUAUAAAUAAUUCAUCGAAUAGAAAUGAUGCAUCUGCGAAUAGUCAAUGCAAAAUUAUCUUAUGCUCUUUCUUCUCAAUGCAUUCGCAUAAAAAACACUCGUAUAUUGCGAAAGAUGCGGGAUAACGAGCUGUACCUAUGUAUAUUUGCAUAUCUCGAGGAUGAACUCGCGUGCUUCAAAGCCGGCAGUAUGUAUUACUUUAUCGGUUUUUUUUUUGAACUGCCAGCGAACAUUUUGAACGAGAGAUGUUCUGUUGUUUGCGAUUAUAUUCUUUUUACGAUGGAGGUAUAUCACUCAUUUGAGCCGCGUAUACCUACCACCGCAAUACCUUUUUUUUUUUCUUACUUAAUUUUUUUUUUAUACAUAUAGUUAUUGUAUAAACUUAAAAAAUGCAAUUGAUGCAAAUAAAUCUUUAUACUGAAA